ACUCCCCAUGUGCUGAAAGCCGGAGUCAGAAAGGAAAGAGGACUCUGAGACUCUCUGUGUGCUAACAGGAAAACUAAAUUCUAUCUUAAGUACUGCAACUGAAAGCGCUGGAAAAUGUGUAAAGGAUUAGCUGCCUUACCCCAAACCUGCCUUGAAAGGGCUAAGGAGAUCAAGUCAAAGUUGGGAGUUUUACUGCAGAAGCCGGAAAAUGCCAUCGACCUCAUCAUCCCUUACCCGGAGAAGACUGAGAAGAAGCCGGAGAAGCUGCAGAAGCCUACUCCUGAUGAGGCUGCUCAGUGGCGCGAGAGUCUGGACCGAGUCCUGAACAACAGCUAUGGUCUGGCUGCUUUCCGUAGCUUCCUGCAGUCUGAGUUCAGUGAUGAGAACAUUGAGUUCUGGAUGGCCUGCGAGGACUUCAAGAAGACCAAGAACCCUGUGAAGAUGGCUGCCAAGGCCAAGAAGAUCUAUGAGGACUUCAUCCAGUCUGAGGGACCCAGAGAGGUGAACAUUGACCACUUCACCAAGGAUGUGACCCUGAGGAACCUGGUGGAUCUCUCUCCUGUGACCUUUGAUCUGGCCCAGAAGAGAAUCUACGCCCUGAUGGAAAAGGAUUCCUUCGGGCGUUUCCUCCGGUCUGACCAGUACCAGGAGCUCCUGGUCAACUAAGCCUGAGCAGGAGUCGGAGGGGCAGUGGUUAUGGGGUGGGGGGUGGGGAGGUUUCAAAUAGCAGUUACUCAACAUGACAAUAUUAGGAAACAACUUAUCAUUUUUUUUAAUUAAAUAUUUCUAAUAAACUACCACUGUGUGUGAGAGCUCGAGAACCGAAGACCUUUCUUUUUUUCAAAAGAUCCAAAAAGAUUAAGGGGAAAAAAAUUCAAAAUUAUAUUUCAAAAUAAGAUAAAGGGAGGACUGCCUUUUGAAAUAGCCCCACCUCCCCACUGAACACACACACUUUCCUGAACUUGUAUCCAAGUGAGGACCUUCAGCAGUUGACAACAAUCAACAGCUUAAAACCUCACAAAAGGUAGAGGUACAGGAACACACACACACACACACACACACACACACAAACAUACGUGGUCAGUAUCCACAUCAAAACAGAUACCAAUGUGUUACUAUGAAGAACAUACAACUCUACAUUUUCAGUCAGGCCACAAAGUCAGUUCUUCAACAUUUGGACUCAUAUGUAAAGUGUGAUCAUGAUGUUAUCCUCAGAAGACAGUACCUGAGAUAUAUUUGUGCAUCAAGGUGUUGUAGCUUUGCCAGACCUGCCUUGACAGAUUGAUAGUUAUGUGUAAGCUUGAGCUUAUUGACUGUCAUCAUUUUGCAGAACCCUCCAAGGAUGACUUUCUGACAAAGGGCAGUAACAGUGUUAGCAAAAAGGAGGUCUGUGCUGGCAGUGGUUUAGAUUACCGGUCUUACCUUGGCCUGCUCCAUGUUGUCUUUACUAUCAACAAACAUUAUCCAGUCUGGAAAAUUCAAAGCAUCCCAAGUAGACCAGUCACAGUUUUCUACUGUUUGCACAUCCCAAAGACUUCCGGCCUGUACUGUAGGCUUAUGUAGCACAACACCUUGAUGCAUUAGUAUAAAUUAGCUGUAAUGCAGGGCCCGAGGCCAGAAAUCCACCUGGUGCCCUUAAAGGAACACUUUAUGAAAAUCAUAUGGUCUGUCAUGUCAUCAACAUCUGAGGCAGCCACCUAAAUCACCUAAACCUGAAAACGACCGUGCCUUAAUGUAAAAUUGAUGCAGAUGGUGGAGUGUUUUUUAUUGGAAAGCAAAUUUUUAGUGGGGGACACCGCUGCAUAGAGGCCAACUAAAAUGAAAAACAAUAGCAACAACAAAGUUUUGACCCUCCUUCCCUUUCUGCAGACGUAAGUCUUACUCAUCAUUGAGUGCUUUGUGGUCUUCCUAAGAAGACUCAGAGAUGUUAGUGUAAUUUUGAGUGCCCGGAAAGAAUAUGUCUGCAGGAGCAAAUACAAUGGGGAACUCUAAAUAGUGUGACAUUUACACAGUUGGCUGUUUUAAAUCAAUGGAUUCCUUGAAUGAGUUACAGCAAGGACCAAAUAUUUUGUCACUUUAAUAAAAGGAGCCUGUAACAUAGCAAACCCUCUACAAGUAUCAAUGCAUGACUAAAGAUAAUCACAUAACUUUAUCUCUUCCACUCUCUCACACUCACAGGGACAGCACGUUUGGAUUUUCACCAACCCCCCACCCCCACCCCCACCCCAGGCCAUCCUUGAGAACAGUGCUGACUAGUUGGCUCAGUGGUCGAGCUCCUUGGCUACCACUUAACUGCAAGUUGCUAAGAUGGGAAAAUAAAGUGGGAGGGAAUCUCAGAAAAAGAAGUGAACAGGGCGGUAGUUAUAUACAAAGAAAGGUCUUUUUCCCAUGUGAUAAUACCAAAGUUCUAUGUAUGCAUGCUAAGAAGUUAACCAGUAAAAAAAAAUAAAACAUGGGAAACAGAACUUGCAGGUUGGUUUUCAGCACUAGACAAAGACAAUACUGGUGAAGCCGGAGCACAUCAUAUUUAAAGUCUAAAAUCAAUGUUUAAGUCAUUAAGGAAAUUUAAGGAAAUAGUGGCAUUACAAUCAGACAAAAUAGUCACACUAUAAAUCCAAUAUUUUAUGUAAUUUUUAUGUUAUUUUUCAGGUUAACACUCUACACUUUCAACCACAAGUUGUUAUUCACCACUACACACUGUAACAAAACACUGUUAUUAACCUAACUUACACUAAGCUGAGACAUAGACUGAUAUGAUGGUGGAGUUGGUGUUGGUGUGCAAUGUUAAAGUGUUCUAAAUAUAUACAUUUAGUUUAAUGUAGCAAUCAUAAAGUAACUAUAUUUACUCGUUAAUGCUCUUUUUACAUUAAACGAAAGUUUCUCUGUGUCUUAACCCAAACAAAAAUAUUAUCUAGAUAUUCAGCAUUAUACAAGUCCUUAUUGUUCCCAUGAUCGCAAAUGAUCCAAACACUAAAAAUAUGACAGGUCAGGCGGUCAAGGUGGUUCAACACAUUAUUUUUGUGAAUUGAUUUCUCAAAAAUAAACAAGUGAUCUGUCAUUGGAACCUAAAAAAAUCUAGUCUUAAUUUUAAACAGCAUUGACAAGGGGUUGCUAUGACACAGAUUGGCCAGUCUGGUGUCGUAACCUGAAGUGUCACACAUCAAAAUCACAGACAAAUCAAUAAGGGCUUUAACAGUGCUGAGUAUACAUUAUUCGAUGUAGCCUUGCAUGUAUGUUUUGGAGUCGUCCACAUAAAAAUAUAUAUGCAUACAAUUCCUGAAGAUGUAUUUAUUUUUACGUGUAAAUAUCUACUAUUUACAAACUAUUGUGUCUAAGUUAUUCUUAAAUACAACAAUGGAAUCCAUGAUUCUUUGAAUGGAGAGCUGGCAAGGACUCUUCCCAGGGUCUUUUCUCUGUUAUAAAAGAGGAAACGUCUGA